AUGAAAUGAAAAAAAAAAAAGAGAAUAUUUUCUCUUAAUAAUGUGAAAGAGAGAAACAGAAUUUUCCUAAUAAAAGCACCCCAAACAACUCGGCUCUUCGUCUGGUAAUCUAAAUCCUACGCACGACAGAUUUCCUAAUCUCUCUCUCUUGUCUCUUCUGUUUCCACACCAUUUUCCCGAUCAUCUUCCUCCUCUCGAUGCAAUGGGGACUCCUCGAUCGCCGGCGACAGAUUUCUUCGGAAUUUCCAAGACAGCAUGCAAAGCAUACAAGUCCCUCGUCACCAAAUUGCACCCUCUUUCUUCUCAUCGCAAAUCCGAUUCCCAAUCCGACGUUGAUUCCGCGAUCCACCAGAGAUAUCUGGAGGAGAAAUUCGCGGAGGAGGAUGAUCUGAUCGCCGCUCGGAGAGGUCUCCGGUUACAGAGCAUGGACGAUAGCACCGUCUUCAAACGCCGAUCUUCUCUGCUAUCAAACACCAGUAGCCGCCGCAGCCACACGCCGCAAGCUCGACCGACAUACCUCUCCUCCUCCGCCUCUUCCAACCGCCGCUCCGCUUUCUCCAGAAGCACCAGCCGUAGAGAGGAAGGCAGCAGCCACGGCGGCGUGGGGAGAAGCCACGGUCUCAAAUCACGCCCGGUCUCCAACAACACGAGCCCGAUGACGUCACCUUUCACAAGCCCGACAGGGAAAGAUCAAACCUUGGGUGAUCUAUUUGGCCCCCUACCGGGAGUAACUUCUCCUCCAACCUCUAGCCCGAUAAACGGCGUGAAGGCGCCUUCUCCGUCGUCGAUUUCGAAGAGCGUUAGCAAGAGAGAUAAAGACGAGAGAGGCUCGGCCACGUCGACGUCUGUGCCGUUUUCGAAGAGCAAGAGCACGAGACAACCGGAGAAGGAUACGGCUGGGUCAAUGGGGAAGAGCAUAAGCCGGAGGAGCACAACGCCGAUAGUUUUCUCGCAGUCAACGCCGCCGAAAAAGCCGCCGGCCGUGGAGAAAAAGCUCGAGUGCACGUUGGAAGAACUCUGCCAUGGCGGGGUCAAGAACAUCAAGAUCACUAGGGACAUCAUCACCGAUGAAGGAUUGAUCAAGAAACAAGAGGAAACGUUAAGAGUGAACAUCAAACCGGGAUGGAAGAAAGGGACGAAGAUCACAUUCGAAGGAGUAGGGAACGAAAAACCGGGCUAUCUCCCAGAAGAUAUCACAUUCGUGGUUGAAGAAAAGAGACACCCUUUGUUCAAAAGACGUGGGGAUGACAUAGAGAUCGCCGUCGAGAUUCCUCUUCUAAAGGCUUUGACUGGAUGUAAACUCUCGGUGCCGCUACUUAGUGGUGAGUCCAUGUCGAUAUCUGUAGGAGAAGUGAUCUUUCAUGGAUUUGAGAAGGCCAUUAAAGGCCAAGGUUUGCCAAAUGCUAAAGAAGAAGGCAAACGAGGAGAUUUGAAAAUCACGUUUUUAGUGAAUUUCCCCAAAGAGCUGAGCGAAGAGCAAAGAUCAAUGGCCUAUGAGGUUUUGAAAGAUUGUUCUUGGGCAUAGAGGCUGAUAAUAACUAUUGUAUGGGGUUCAUCAUAUUCCACUACACUUCAUGUCUUUUCCUUUAUUCUUCGUUGUAUAUAAGUUGAGGGAUUGAGGCUUUCAAGUUGUGAUUUGUUGACACUUUAGGCUUAUUUAAUAUCUUAUGUUUUUCUUUCUUGUAG